GUGGUCAGUCCCCCUCUACGCCACCGUCCGAUUCCCCCGACGCCCCCGCCGACCCCGGAGCCGGCCCUCAGCCCCUUCAUCUGCCGAGGCAUACCUUUGCUGCCCAUCACACCCAGGGAUCGCCACCGCUGCCCUCUACCAGGCUCCAGGCCCGGUGCCGAGGACUGGCCGCCAAGGGUUGCGGACUAUGGCCCUAAAGCUCAUCCACAAGGAGUUCCUCGACCUGGCCCGCGACCCCCAGCCCCACUGCUCAGCAGGGCCAGUGUGGGACGAUACGCUCCACUGGCAGGCCACCAUAACGAGGCCCAACUACAGCUCCUACCUGGGAGGGGUCUUCUUCCUAAAUAUCCAGUUUCCCUCCGACUACCUAUUCAAACCACCCAAGAUCAAAUUUACCAACGGAAUUUACCAUCAACAUUAACGGAAAUACGGGAUAGGAGGAAGUAUGGCAGAAUAGCUAGAGACUGGACUCAGUAGUGUACCAUGUAAUUUCAAAAUAUAAUUCCAUCGCCUUAAUAAUCAAGAUGCAGAAAGUGGCAGUUCA